UAACGGUCAGUGUAGUGUUUAUGUUCACAGGUUCACUGGUUUACAUAAGGCUUCAUUACAUCUUAUGUAUGCCCCAGUAGCUAAUAUCAAACAAUUUCUUUCUGGAUCUGUUUCUGUGGCCUUUCUCCACACAAGAACAGUCUGGAAGAAAGUAUUUGAUGGUGGAGUUCGGAGAAUCUUCUCAAGUAAACCGAAAUGUUUUAUACUGUAGUUGUCCUCUCUAUUAUUCUGGGUCACGUGACUGAGACAUGCUCGUUGCCUGUCAAUAAUGAAUACCUGGAUGCUGGGAACUUGACCUAUCAUGAGACUCUGGACGAGAACUAUCAGCUCUACUGGAACUUUAAUAGUUCUCACAUCAUCUUCAAGACUGUCGUCAAGACUAACGGAUUUAUCGGAUUUGGUAUAUCUCCAAACGGUGGGAUGUCUAACGCAGACGUGGUCAUAGGAUGGGUCAAGGACGGAGUUCCACAUUUCGCGGACCGCCACGCCCAGGGUCACGUGAUGCCAGCUGUAGACACCCAGCAGGACUGGCACCUGGUUGAGGCUGUGGAGGUGGGAGAGACCACGAGCCUGGUCUUCAUACGGGAGCUUAACACGUGCGACCCUCAGGAUCUUCCUAUCACGAACAGCACCACUCGAAUCAUCUUCAGCUACCACCCCAGCGACCCAGCAGGCGACGACAGCAUCCAGUACCACGGCUCCCACCGACGUGGCACCAAGUCAGUUCUGCUCCUGACUCCCCCAGCCAGCGUCAAAGACAGGGACCCUCUGCCCGAUGACGUCAUCAGCUUUGAGUUUCUUAACCACAAUGUAUCGGUACCUGCCAGAGACACCUACUACCACUGUGUGGCGUGGAAGCUGCCUAAACUCACAGAGAAACAUCACCUGAUCAGGUACGAGCCGGUGAUCCAGCAGGGCCACGAGAAGCUGCUCCAUCACAUGAUCCUCUACUACUGCUCCUCCGGCUUCGAUGACACGCACGUCGGCUCGUCCUACGACUGCUACCAACAGCCCCCGCCCGCAUUCACUUCCUGUGAGCACAUCUUCAUGGCUUGGGCAAUCGGCGGCAAGGCGUUUGACUACCCUAACCAUCUCGGACAUUCCCUGGGAACUCCACAAGAUCCUGGCUACUUCAGGAUGGAAACCCACUACAACAAUCCAGACUUAAGAGACGAUUUUGUGGACAAUUCCGGCUUCCGGUUUUUCCUAACCAAACACCUGAGACAGUUUGACGUGGGGAUACUAGAGAGCGGCCUGGCCGUGGACUACACCCAGAUCAUCCCGCCCUACGCGGACAGCUUCAUAUCACGUGGCUACUGUCAGUCGGACUGUCUUGGGCAGGUUCUGGCUGAUGACGACAUCCAUGUCUUCGCUUCCGGUCUGCACGCCCACCUGCUGGGCAACAAGGUGCGUGCACGUCACUUCCGGAAGGGCGUGGAACUCCCUCCCCUGUCAGAAGACAACACCUAUGACUUCAACUAUCAGGAGAUGAGACUUUUCCCGCAAGAAGUUACCCUGAAAAACGGAGAUCAUCUGAUCGUGGAGUGUGACUACGAUUCAAGAAGCAGACAAGCUCUGACGACGGGUGGUCUCCCUGCUACAAGCGAGAUGUGCAUCGUCUUCUUACUGUACUACCCUAGGACGUCGUUAAGUAGGUGUCUGACUAGCACAAUGUACAAAAUAUCAGAUGACCAGAGUCCACAAACAAUGUUUGACCUGGCCCAGACUAUGGACUGGACCAACCCUACAGUGAGAGCCAACUUUCAGCGGACGACAGAUGAGGCAGACAUCAGAAGCUACUGUUGGAUGGACAACAACCCUUCUCUGUUUACCAUCAAGGACAGCCCCAAGCCAAACAUCACACAAGUCUUCCAGCCUCCACGUCAAUGCCAGAACUAGCACCAGAGUUACAAUAGCAGACGACACGAGGACCACGUCGGGUUUUUUGUAGUCUACCAGCCGACACAAUCUAGGGACCUAUGGGAAUCUUGUUUCAGUGGAAUAUACAUAGUCCUGUCAAGUUUGGUGGCGAAGAUGGCAGAUUAGUAGUGUUUCUUUUUAGGCAUCUCUUCGG